AUGGUGGCUUCGUAUGUUCUCCUGUUGAUUCUCGUCUUUCUUAGCGAAACUGCGCUUGGCAUGCGACCCCUGAGCGAGAUAGCGAGCGGCGCUGGCAAGGCAACAUUGAUUCAGCCGGCACGCCAAAAGGCGACCAUCCUGAGGACGAGCACUGGAGCUGAGCGCCGUUUGUUGGCCAACUCGUUUGUGGAGGCUACCGAUGCUUUGGGUCUGGCCACGACUCUUGUCGGAGCCAACAGUCUCCUCGCUGUUGAUGCGUCUUCCGUUGUGUAUACGGGGGCAACCUCUGCUUCCGGCAUCUUCCAACUCGACGGCUCGCACGCCUUGAACUCUGAAUAUGGCAUUUCCAGCGGAGUGGUGCUGACGUGUGGCUCUGGAGAACUGUCCAUUGAGACCGAGAACCUCGCGGAGAGCAGCUUUACAAUCAAUGGCGAACCUGGAGACUCAUUGUUGAGCCAGAUCAACAAUGGCACGACCAAUGAUGCCUCGAUCCUGGACUUCAAAGGGACCGCACAAGGCAAUGGCCAGCUCACAUUCCAAUAUGUGUUUGGGUCGGAAGAGUACUUGGAGUAUGUCGACGCAUUCAAUGACAUCUUUGCGCUCUUUGUGAAAGUGGGGAACGGCGCCUUUACACCCCGUGAUAACGUGGCCCUGGCAAGUGAUGGAAAGGCCGUAUCCAUCGACAAUGUCAAUCCUAACAGCAAUGCCGCACAGUAUGUGGACAACUUUGCUGACAAUAGCACACAUCACAUUGCGUACGAUGGCUACACGAGACUUCUCACAACUGCUCCUAUCUCCGUCUCUAUGGGAGACACUGUACACAUCAGGUCCAACACUAAGGUGAAAUUGACUGGGCUGUACUGA